CCGGUUUAAACUCACCAGUGUAGGAGUGACGGGUGGUUGCAAUCUUGUUAGAGGAAAAACCGAGAAAAAUGGGGAGCGAACUCCGAUUGGUGCUGAUCAUCUCUUUCGUUUCCGUCCUCGUUUUCUCGACUUCAUCGUCUCCGUUGCCUCGUUUUCCUCGCCAGAACCGAGCCAGAAUCCAGCUCUUCGGGGAAGAUCGAAACGAUUACCAAUACGAAACUAAGUACUUCUCCCAGCAGCUGGACCACUUCAGCUUCGCCGAUCUUCCGAAAUUCUCGCAGCGUUACUUGAUCAACUCCGCUCACUGGACCGGUGCUUCUGAGCUCGGACCUAUCUUCCUCUACUGCGGCAACGAAGGCGAUAUCGAAUGGUUCGCUACAAACUCUGGAUUCAUUUGGGAGAUCGCUCCCAAGUUUGGCGCAUUGCUUGUUUUCCCUGAGCAUAGGUAUUAUGGAGAGUCUAUGCCUUAUGGAAGCAGGGAAGAAGCUUACAAGAACGCUACCACCUUAUCCUAUCUCACAACUGAGCAAGCUCUUGCGGAUUUUGCUGUGUUUGUUACUGAUUUGAAACGGAACUUGUCUGCUGAAGCAUCCCCUGUUGUGUUGUUUGGAGGAUCAUAUGGUGGAAUGUUGGCAGCAUGGAUGAGGCUUAAGUAUCCUCACAUUGCUAUUGGAGCAUUAGCUUCUUCAGCUCCGAUUCUUCAGUUUGAAGAUAUUGUACCUCCUCAGACGUUUUAUGACAUUGUAUCUAAUGAUUUCAAGCGUGAAAGUAGUAGCUGCUUCAACACCAUAAAGAACUCGUGGGAUGCAAUUAUAGCUGAGGGUCAGAAAGCGAAUGGUCUUCAGCAGUUGUCGAAAACUUUUCAUUUUUGUCGGGCGUUGAACAGUACAAAUGACCUUUCAGACUGGCUGGAUUCUGCUUAUAGUUAUUUGGCAAUGGUGGACUAUCCGUAUCCUGCUGACUUUAUGAUGCCUUUGCCUGGACAUCCCAUUAAAGAGGUCUGCAGAAAGAUUGAUGGAGCUAGUAGUGAUGCUAGCAUCCUAGAACGCAUAUAUGCAGGAGUAAGUGUGUACUACAACUAUACUGGGAAGGUUGGCUGCUUCGAGUUGGAUGAUGACCCUCAUGGUUUGGAUGGGUGGAACUGGCAGGCGUGCACGGAGAUGGUAAUGCCCAUGUCUAGCAGCCAAAAAAACAGCAUGUUUACAGCUUACGAUUUCAAUUACUCUUCAUACAAAGAGGAUUGCUGGAACACAUUCAGAGUCAAUCCAAGGCCUAGAUGGGUCACAACAGAGCUCGGUGGUCAUGACAUAGAGACCACUUUGAAGUCUUUUGGAAGCAACAUCAUUUUCUCAAAUGGUCUGUUAGAUCCUUGGAGUGGUGGCAGUGUUCUGAAGAACUUAUCCAGUACCAUUGUUGCUCUUGUCACAAAAGAAGGUGGACAUCAUUUGGAUCUACGACCUUCAACUCCAGAAGACCCAAAAUGGCUAGUGGAGCAGCGAGAAGCCGAGAUAGGAUUGAUCCAAGGGUGGAUCAGAACUUAUCGACUAGAAAAAGAAGCUCAAUUUCCUUUGCUAAAACGUUCUUGGUAAGAUGACAAUGUAAAAUAAUCUGAUCAGUUCAUGCAUAACUCAGAAUCUGCAAACUCUGUAACACAUCGUGUUUGAAUAAAUCUAUUCAAGCUCUUGGCGUGUUUGAAUAAAUCUUUGUAAACUCUCGGUGUUCACUACUAGUGUGUUUGAUAAAUAAAUUUGAUUUGGGUUA